AUGAACAAUGGAGCCUUCAUUGCCGGUCGCAUUCUCCUCGGCAUGGGUGGAGUUAUGUGCUCUUCUGUCUCGACAGUCCUGAUGACCGAACUUGCGUACCCAGCACACCGCGCUACAGCCACAGCCCUCAGUAGCACAACGUAUUCGGUUGGAGCUAUUUUGGCGGCCUGGGUCGCCUUUGGCAGUUUCCGCAUCUCAGAUUCCUGGGCGUGGCGGACACCGACUACAAUUCAAGCGGCCCCUAGUGCGAUGGUCCUAAUCGGUCUCUUCUUCCUCCCUGAAUCCCCCAGAUGGCUUUGCAGCAAGGGCCGGGAGCAGAAAGCACUGGAGAUUCUCACAAAGUAUCACGGUGCCGGCGACUCAAACGACGCUGUUGUUCAACAUGAGUACAACGAGAUCAAGGACACAAUUGAAGCCGAGAUUACUCAAAACAAAAACCCCUUCCAUCUCAAGGCUCUCUUCGCAACCAAGGGCAACCGCUACCGUUCUUUUAUAAUCAUCUGGUGUGGCAUCUGUAAGCAAUGGAGCGGCAACGGUCUGGUUUCUUAUUAUCUCGGAAGCAUGUUGAAGAGUGCCGGCAUUACAAAGCAGAUUGAAACCACCCUCAUCACGGCCACGUCGCAAAUGUUUAGUUUCGCGUGCUCCUUCGCUUUUGCUUUCCUGCCUGCUCGGGUUGGUCGCAGGCCGUUGAUGCUUACUAGUAUGGCUUUGAUGUGGGUUGUCUUCGUUGUCAUCACUGCCUGUUCUGGUGCAUACGUCGAGACUGGAAACCGGCACGCGAGUUACACUACUGUAGCUUUCAUCUACCUCUACAGCGGAGUCCACAACCUAGGUUGGACCGGUGCCCAGAUGCUUUACAUUGUCGAGAUUCUUCCGUACCACAUCCGCGCCAAGGGCAUGGCCAUGUUCAGCUUGGUCGCCGGUAUCUGCGGCGCCUUCAACACUUAUGUCAACCCUCUCGGCAUCGCUGCUAUGUCGUGGAAGUUCUACUUCUUUUACGUAGGCUGGAUCAUUGUCCAGUUUGUCGUAGUCUACCUGGUCUUCCCAGAGACCAAAGGACCCAGUUUGGAGCAGAUUGCUCUCCUCUUUGAUGGAAAGGACGCUCGUGUGGGUCGGAUUAAUGCCGUGGCGGAUGAGAUGCUCGAUGAGAAAGAUGGUGUUGCUAUUGAGACACGCGAAAGGCGGUGA